GGCAUUUUGCAACCCAUAAUGAUGUUACUGCUGUUGUAUGUAAAUACAGCGCUGUAAACACGCAUAGUGCCACGUGCUGCCGCUCUAAAAAGCAGGAGCCGAAGCCCGCGGUUACCUCAGCAACGAGAAGCCACGAACAUCGUGCUGGGCCGGCCCUGCCAGGGCGUCUGCGUCCGGGAAAUCUGCUCCAGGGGUGGUUUGGAAUACAGGAAGACAAACGGGCUCGUGCCCGCGUUUUGCAGCGUACAAUAACCUCACUCCAUUGGGACUUUUUGUGAACCCAAAGUCCGCAGGAGCUCAGAACAUCCCGAGAUGCUCCGAGAGGGAGAGGAGGGAAACUAAGGGCCUGAGAUCGCAGCAGUUUCACCGGCAGAGGGACCUUGUACAGGCUCAACGAGCCGCGUAAGCUGCUGCGGCCCCGGUGCUGUGAGAGCUGUCGGCAGUAUUGGCAGUGCUUGCAACCUUACUGCAGGUACGGGAUCCGACAGCAACCUGAGCAUCCACACCCGAGACGGAAUACAUCUUGGGAAAGGCUGCCCGGUCCAGCUGGAAAAGAUGAGGUCUGUGACUGCCAACAGCAGCUUUCCCUUUCUGCCCUCGUUCUCUCCGCUGGUGACAGAAGAGAGUUGACACGCAUCGUCCUAAUAGAGAGAAACUUAACUGGAGGAAAAGCCUCGCUGAUACAAACAGGGCUAUUUCUGUACCGCGCUAUUUGCUAACGCAGCUCCGCUCAGUGCGGCCGGACCGCGGGGCACCGCACGGACGGCGCACGCUCCACACACUCUGCAUGGACACCGCGCACCCCCCGCAUGGCACAUCCCGCACGGCCCGGGGCGGCACUCAUGUGCCCCAACCCCGCGCGGCGCCAUGAGGGAUGUACCGAGGCCUCCCGCGGGGGCGGCUGGUUCCCGCCGCCAUGUUGGGAGUGGCGGGUGGGCGGUGCCCGCUCUCGCUUCCGGGGGCGGCGGCGGCGCGCGCGGGCCGGCGCUCGGCAGCGGGGGCGGGCGGGACAUGGGACCUUAAAGGGGCGGCUGAGCGCGGCCCAGCCCGGCUCGGCGGGAGGGAGCGGCGGCGGUGGUACCGGGGGAAGAUUCUCUUUAGUGUGAUUACUUACAAGUAAUAUUACCUCAUCAUGGAAGAACUAUCACCAGAAGAAAUUCAGCUGAGGGCCAACCAGGUCACUGAUGAGUCUUUGGAAAGCACAAGGAGGAUUCUUGGUUUGGCCAUUGAGUCCCAGGAUGUUGGCAUCAAAACUAUUACCAUGCUAGAUGAACAAGGAGAACAACUAAAUCGCAUAGAAGAAGGCAUGGACCAGAUAAAUAAGGACAUGAGAGAAGCUGAAAAGACACUGACAGAGCUCAACAAAUGCUGUGGGCUCUGUGUCUGUCCUUGUAACAGGACAAAGAACUUUGAGGCCAGCAAGGCAUAUAGAGCAACCUGGGGAGAUGGAACAGAGAACUCAGCAGAUCAUGUGAUAUCCAUGCAACCAAGACGUAUAAACCAGCAGCAGCCUCAGGCUUCUGGAGGACCAAGUGGUGGAUAUAUUACAAGAAUAACAAAUGAUGCCAGAGAAGAUGAAAUGGAUGAAAAUCUUGCUCAAGUGGGAAACAUUCUUGGGAAUUUGAAAAACAUGGCUUUGGAUAUGGGCAAUGAAAUUGAUGCCCAGAAUAAACAAAUAGACCGGAUAAACGUAAAGGCUGAUACAAACAGGGACCGCAUUGAGCAAGCCAACAUCAGAGCCAAGAAAUUAAUUGACAAUUAAAGCCUGCUGUCAUUGUUCAAUGACACUAUCUCUCCAGCUGCAAACCACCAUAUUCAUGGAUCUGUGAAACUUUUAUUCUUUAAUAAGAGGGGCUGGGAAAAAUGAAGCAGUAACUUUCUAUAGUAAUUAAUUUUCUCUUAUUGCUUCAUGUAAACAUGGCUUUGACUCAAAGAAAGCAGCCAACUUCCUUCUACUCAUCUGCCUUCACUUCCUCUAUACUGCUCAGGGCUAAAAGUAUUAGGGCUUUGAGAAUCUUCUUGCAUGUUUUAUUCCUCCCCCCAGUUUUUCUUUUUUUAAUUUUUUUUUUUUUUUUUUUUUUUUUUAUUUCUUGCACCGAAAAUACAGUCCUUUUAUUGAAGUUGAACAAGCAGGGGUAACCUGAAUUCACAGUUGUGGAAAGUUGGAGAGGGCACUUUGCACUGUUUGAAAUACCUCAUAAGUUGAGUGUCUUCACUAAAAUAGGGACUUGGUGAACAUUGUCUAACUUGUAUCUCUAGCAUGCUAACCAUAGCUUUACAAUCCAGACCACAUGACUGGUUUGGGGUUGAGUUUGUGGAUCACAAAAUUGAAGAGGCCCAUUACUUACAGCUUGUGAGUUGAGGGCUUUAAAACACUUUGUAACCACACGAACUUUAAGGUUAUGGUAACUGGAGGGAUAUAGAGGUUUCCAUUUCUUUACUGUAAAUUGGCAUCACUUUGGAGGCCAUGACUAGGAAAUCAUGCUGCAUUGUUCUGAUAUUUGUUGUGCGUGUAUAUAUAUGCCUGAUCUAAACCCUGUGCACACGUGAGUAGAAGAAAAUAAAACUAUCUCCCUAAAGUAUUUAUUUGAUGGAAAUUUUUAUACCCCUCAUCUGAAAGUUAACUUCUAAGUGUUUGAAUGAUGCAUCUAAACUGGAAGAAACUGAGUAGAAAAGCAUGCAGAUCUCUUGCAUCCCAUAUCUUAUUCUCUUUUGGCCAGUUUUCACUGGAGUUCAGUUUAUGCCUUUCUCCAGUACAAAAUAGUGACUGAAAUCUGGUGCGGAGUUUGCUGUCAGCAGUGACUUUGGGAGUACUUUUUAAACCUAUCAAAACCAGAGAAGCUUAUUAUGAAACUUCUUUGUCACAGGUCUGGAGGAAGAAGUAGCCAUUUAUGAACUGUAUGCUAGUUCUAAAUAAACUAGUUCUAAAUAGUUUCCUGACUGGUUUAUUAUUGCAGAUAUUGGGACUGGCAAUUGGAAAUAUUACAUGUCCAAGUUACUUGCAACUAAAAGUUCUUGUUCUAUUGCAGAAUAGAGGAGUUUCUGACCAGGUGAGGUGAAGCUCUUUCCUAUGAAGAAAAACAUUUUGGUUUUACUGUAAUAUAAUUAGAUUUAUUUCCAGAAUUUUUCUUUAAAUCUUUAUAGUAAUUAAAUUGCAAGUGGCUUAUAUAAUUUUAACUCCACCCAGCUAUAUACUAUGCCUGUUAUACAGUUGAAAGUGAUGCUUUGGAGUAACCCAUGAUACUCAGUGUUGGAUGGCAAAAAUCUUCAAACCAAAUUGAUUGGAGGAAUAAUUAAAACUAAUAGCAUUAUGGGGUGUUUUUUUGGGAGGACAGUCUACAAGUAUCCUGUAGCCACUAGUAUUGAAUCCCAGGGCUGGAGAUGACACUAAUCCAUUGAAAUGUUUAGACAGUGUUAGGUAUUUUGUUUUCUUUUUAGCAGAAAUACAGUCAGUAUUAGUGGUAUAUUUUCAGUUCACUCCCAGCACAACUUGAUAUUUAAAGAAAAAAACCAAAAUCAGCAACCACACAUACACAGAACUCAACAAAAACCUAACCAAACAAAACAGAAAAACCCAAACAACUGACCAAAGGAUGAAACAGCUGCAUGUAAUAAAUAGGCCAGUGGCAGUUUGCCUUAUGUGAAGAAGGUGAAGUCAUUUUUAGGGCAUUAGAUACUUCAGUAAUGUGGAUUGGCUCUUGUCUAGCUUCCAGUAAUUGUUGGAAAGCCAAUGAAUUUCAAAAGCUUACUAGUUGCCCAAUCAGUAAAUGAAGAUUAUAUGCUUAAAAACCCAAGUAGCAAAGAAGUACUUUUUAAGAAUAUGGCAUAGUAAACUUCAAAGAACCACCUACAUAAGACAGUGUAGGGAAUUUUGGAUGAGCUUUUUUUUCCUUCUUACAAACUUCAUGUUAACUGAAGGAUUAUUUGCUGCUAGCUGUGAAAGCAAAGUAUACAUUAUUUAAUUGUCUUCCUGGGACAGAAGACUGAAGUGGUUACCUUUAUUCUGCUUACACAGUGCAAACCUGCUCUGUAGCAUUUGAACAUUCCAAACAUUGGGAUGUUUUUCUCCCUUGCCACUACAAGUCCAUAUUCUUGACUCGCCUGAGCUCUAACAACAAAUUAACACAUUGGCUGACAGAACACUGUGAUGGGUAUAUCAGAAUUGUAAUAUUGCAAUGAAUACCACACAAGGAAAUAAUUUCUGAGACUCUGAGCUUGAGUAUUAGCGGAGCAUCGAUACUAUUUUCUGAUCUGCAAGACCCAAAUCCAUGAGGGAGUUGGUGCCUUUAUGUUAGUGAACAACGCAGUCUGCUACUUGGAUUGUCUUACUGUUGUCUAUAGAAUAGAUGCCUAAUUUCCGUAUCUAUGGUAUGAAAUCAACCCUUGUACAUCUUUGUAUGUCUGAAUGCUAUUAAGAAUGAAGGCUUACAGUUUCUGCUUUUGAUUGUUAAAUUAUAUAUUGUGCACAAAAAUACAUACUUUUAUAACUGAA